AUGAAUAUGAAGGGCGAUUCGGGCGAAGAUGACUGGACACCCGAAAAGCAAGCCGAGUUCUCCAAGUACAUGGGUCAGAGUCUUAAAGCUUGGGAGUACAUUUUCAAAACGGAUCUCAAAAAUCUGUUCGAUGGCUCUAACAAGUCCAUUGAAAGACUCACCACCAUGAUAGCUGACGGACGCCUGCUCGACGGCAUUCCGGAAGACAUCCCUUAUCCGAAGAAGACAAAGCGCAAGGGUAAGGGGAUCGAAGCAACAGAUGCUCAGAAGAAGUCGGUGGAAGAUGGUUUCCUAACUACAUUUUUGGCAUACUCCAUUCCCGCCGUUUGGCAGGCCUCGGGUCAUCAUCCUUUCAUCAUUGACACAGGUCGAAGCUGCGACGAUAAGGAUGGCGACAAGUAUACCAAGGACUUGAAGUCUGCGUGUUAUGAAAAAAGGCUGUACCAAUUGGCGGAUCCUGAUGGCAAAUCGCACCCUUGCGACAAGAAUUGCGGAGUUCCGGGAGGCUGGAAAUGCCCCGAUAGUGCAUUCUCCUCGCCCAAAGGCGUUCAAGAGCUCGAUGGCAAGGCCUGGAAUGGACUCAAGGUCGACGAUAUCAUUAUUGGAUCUGUCAAAACGUACAAGCGGAACGGCAAUGAGAACGGCGGAGGCAAGGCGAAUCCAAGAGACUCAGGUACAUUUGACGCCCUCAAGAAGAUGGACAUCACGACUCCUGGAUUCAUGCGCCUCCCCGUGUGCAGUGAGACUCUGGCCCGCAAAUCAUGGGAAAAUGCCGACAAGACAGAUGCCACAAGAAAUAAGGAAGGCUUCCCAUGCAACAACGACAAUGGCAGGUCGUACUGCACCACAUCGAAAACAACCUAUAUCGAGGAGACUACAAGCGGAUCUCCAUUUAUCGAUGAUUGCCUGGGCAUUGUCAAGAACAUUCAAGGAACAAGUGGGUCGUGGGUCAAGCCGAUCGAGAGGCAGUUCGGAAUUCUCAAUUUUGGAACAUGUACUUUUGGCAUUGAGGGCAAAGGUCGUAAAGGAAAUGUUGACGAAUAUGUCGGGGCCCAGGACGUUGUCGAUAUUAUCCGAUACACUUCGAAGCACUGGGGCCACGGAACCGGUAAAAUGCAGGGCAAGGGAGUCAUGCAGUGCGAUGGUAACAUCAAGAAGCAGGAAGUGCACUGGGCUAUAUACAAAAAAUAG